UUUUCUUAAUGUACAGCGACAGAUCGCGCCCAUAUUGCAAACAAGACGCGUGACGAAGCCUCCGUCUCGAUGUGUUUUUAUUUCACGCAAAAUGCGCGUGUGUCAAGCAGUGACGUUCAGCAUGGUCGUGGUCGCGAUUUUAACAAAGACGUUCUGCAAUGUUAGGUAAACGUGAAUAAGUACGUUGAAGGCAAUCCUGCAGGGCAGUCGUGAGGGUGCUGCCGGCUGCUUCCGCCGGCAGCAGCAAGACGCUUGCCUCGUGCAGGGUCAAUGUCGGGUUCCCAUGGUAACGGUGCUCUUGAGCAGGAGGAGGAUGAUGAUGAUGAUGUCGACCACGGAGAUAUUCACAGCUCUGCUUCAAGCACAACGCAGCAGCAGCAGCAGCUAGAGUGAGUGGUCGUCUCGUUAUUCACUGGAGCCGUGGCAAUGCCAACCCGGAUGAUUCGUCGGCCUGGCAGCGUUCCAGAGAAGAUCUCGUGAGGCCUGAAGCCCUGGGGGCAUGCAAGAUGCACGAGAAACACGAGGUGAUGAAACCGCCACGCCGAGUGAUGACACCUGCCCACGGGCGAUGACGGGGAGCGUCGCCCACUUUGACGUCUCUAGGAUGGGGCUGCUUUGGAGGUGGCUGGUUGGCUGAGAGGUGAACUGAACUUGUCAAUGGCGUCCUGAAUUCGACAAACGGCACAGGUGCACGCGGUCCGGCCGGGGUGUCGAUCGCGUGAACAUUUGCGAGAAAGAGUCGAUGCGGAGGAGCGCACGCCGAGGGUAGGAGGCUCCCGGAGAUCCCGUCGGCUCCCGCACCAGCUGCCAAAGAGCGCCGCAGCGAUGGCCGCAAAGGACAAGGGCAGGGGCCGCCCGGGCAGGGAGAACGACCUCUCGCUGCCCUGCUUCUACUUCGUGGAGGUGCCGAUCAUCGCCGCGGCCGUGGUGUCGCUCUACUUCCUGGAGCUGACCAACGUGUUCGUGCCUGCGCACGUCGGGUUCCAGUGCCACGAGCGCGGCCUCAGCCUGCCCUACGUGGAGCCGGCGCGGGAGACGGUGCCGCUGCUCAUGCUCUUCAGCCUCGCCUUCGCCGUGCCCUCCGCCGCCAUCAUGAUUGGAGAGGGGAUUGUCUUCUGCUGCCUGUGCAGGCGGCAAGGUUCGUCGGUCGACGCCAGUGGAGCCGUCAUCGGCUGCAACUUCAGCUCGUACCUGCGUCGUGCCGUCCGCUUCGUGGGAGUGCACGUGUUCGGGCUGUGCGCGGCGCUGCUCGUGGCCGACAUCCUGCAGCUGUCCACGGGGUUCCACGCGCCGUACUUCCUCACGGUGUGCAAGCCCAACUACACGCUGCUCAACACGAGCUGCGACGAGAGCCCCUACGUCAUGCAGGACAUCUGCACGGGCCAGGACGCCAACGCCAUCAGCGCCGGCAGGAAGACGUUCCCAUCGGAGCACGCGACCAUCGCUGCCUUUGCCGCCAUCUACAUUUCUAUCUACUUCAACUCGGUGGUGAGCAACUCCAGCAAGCUGCUCAAGCCGCUGCUCGUGUUCGCAUUCGAGCUGAGCGCCGGCGUGUGCGGCCUCACGCGCGUUGUGCAGCACAAGAGCCACCCUGGGGACGUCUACGCCGGCUUCCUGCUGGGCACCGCCAUCGCCUGGUACCUGGGAUAUCACGCGGUGGAUAACUUUGAAAUGAAGGAGAGGAAACUGCAUUACCAGGCGCGGCUGAAGGAAGCACAAAACCGCAACGUCUCGUCAAAGCUAGGCCGCAAGAUGAGCCUGCAUCGCCAGGAUUCGGGCAUGAAUGGCUUGGGCAGUGACUCGGAGGCGGCCCGUCGCCAGCCGGACGUCACGCUGAGCCGCAGCCACAGCGAGAACGCCUCCGUGCGGGCGCUCAACCACCGCGCGAGCGGCAGCAGCGAGGACAUGGAGAUCCUGCCCACGCGCCACCCCAUGGGCAAGGAGAGCAUGGUGACCUUCAGCAACACGCUGCCCAGGGCCAGCGCCCAGCCGCCCGCGGCGGCCGGCGUCGAGGACGUCGCGCGGCGUCACGUCGUGGUGCACGCCGCCACCGACCCCGGCCGGGCCAAGCAGAAGGUCGACCCCUGGAGGCCCAAGGCGGAGGGUUCCAAAGUGCCGACGAGGCAGCAGCAGCAGGAGGACUGCGCGGCGGAGGCGCAGAGGGCGUUCGACGUGCGGACUUCCUCCGAGCACCCGUGCCUGACGAUGGGGGUCGCGGACGUGGCGCCCAAGACCGGCGUGUACCUGAACGUGCAGGCCAGCGGCGGGGGUCCCGCGGUGGCGGCCGCUUUGGCCCAGCAGCAGCAGCAGCAGCAGCAGCAGCUGGUGCACAUCCCCGAAGAGACGCCGGUGAGCCCCCACACCUCCCCCAAGGGCAGCUCGGCCCGGGCCAAGUGGCUGAUGAUGGCAGAGAAGGGCGGCGCAAAGCGCGGCACGCAAAGCGGCCAACCUCGUCUCAUCCAGGUCAUCAACAUGUCCAAGCAGCAGGGCCUCCUGCAGGCCAAGGCCAAGCAGGCAGCGGACCCCGCUCCCGUGGGCUGCGCGGGGGGGCCCGUGCGCUACAAGAAUCUGCCCGAGCAGCUUCCGAUCGGAGCGGCGGCGGCGCCUUUGGCGUCCACGUCUGCCGUCGGUGAUGGGGGGGACCGGGCCCGGUCGCUCGUUCACGUUUCUGCGAAUGACGGCGUCACAAGCUCCUGGAAAUGGAAGCCUUCCCCGCAGGACCCUGAAUCGUACGAGCUGAAUGAUCUCGGUCGUCACAUGGAGCCCGGCGAUGAGGAAAGAAUGCCCACUCCGCAUUCGCACAGCAACUCGGACAUGGACGAGGUGCCCUACAGCAGCCCCUCCGGUGUGAACGCGGUCCCGGCGCUGGGAACCAAGGUGGCCCUCGGCGAGCUGAGUGAACUGGCGCCGCCGGAGCCUCUGUCCCUUUCCUCCAGCCGUGACUCUACUCUGCGCAGGAAGCCUUCGACCAUCCUCGUGCCAGAGCGAUCCAACAACCUGGAGAACACGCGGAAUGUAUUCUACAAAGGAACGUCUUCUUCCAGGGGCUACAAAGACUGAUCGACAUUUGGAGCCCGCAGUGGUUAUCAGGAGCAGCGUAAGUCGAACAGAAGGCGUGUGCCAGUCAUCACACCAACCCUAACAUUGCUUGUGACGAAGCUCCAUUCCAUCACAUCAACGUGUGGUUGAAAAAUAGCAUUUAACCGCCCUUAGACAUAAAUGCAGUGUUGAUGGUCAGAGAUGCAGUGUGGAGCCUGAGAAAUGUAGAAGGCCGGGCCCGCUCGAGUAGUCUCUUGAGACGAGAGAGGAGGCAUUCACCAGGAACUCGUAAGCACGUGGAACAAGUUUUAGGCUCUAAGGUGUGUUGGUAAUCCUAGUACAGGCCUAUCAUUAGUCACAUUUGUGAAACCAUUUUUAACUUCAACUCACUCUCCCUACUAACUAUAAAAUAGAAUCAUCCUCAGAUGUGGUGAUGGCUUUACAGCUGCACUGUGGAUGGUCCCGUGAGAUUUGUACAGCACAACUCUAAUGAGAAGCACAGGUUCGGGCACUCAUGAGGCUGAACGGGAUAUUUUUUAACCUUGCCAUUUAUAUGUUUUGUAUAUACAGUAAACGUGUUUCACUACAAAGCACACUCCGCGGGGGGUUGUUAAGGAAUGGUCAACGCGAGUGUUCCGCUUCGCGUCGCUGCUACGAGGUGCGGAAGCGCUGGUGAGGUAAACAAGAACCAUGAGCAGCAAGGUGCGGGGAAGCCUUCAUCCAGCAGGGGGUUGACAGUCUGGACGUGAUUUGUUAUUUGUGAAGAUAAUUGUUGAAUCUGAAGGUAAUGUGAGAAGAGAAUGCUGAUGCGACUGUACGACUGGGUGAACUCGUCACCGACCCGCUUGCCUCUCGAUGGCCACGUCGUAGGUGACACCGGGCAAGCGUCGUGUUGUGUGGUCGCCGACCGCUGUGAGCCGUUCUGUCCGUCGGUAAGCGUGCAGCCAAACUCACAUCCCGCCGGGGAAUGAGAUCGACAAAAAGUGACGAGAUAAGUUUCCUGGGACUGGCCACGAACUUGUUGGCUGUUGCGAGUUGGGGCCGCUGUCUCCCAGCCGGUCAUCGCCCUCCACCGUCCCCGAAAUCACACGUGGCGUUAGAACUGGGUCAGCACGUUGAGGUUAAACGGAUUCAGUCACAUCCGCACAUUGCGGUUAAAAGAGGCUCUCUUUUUAACCUACCAUUGUUUUGUUAAUGUAGUCCGCUUGUAAAUGAUGGUGCAGUGGCACGAUGAAAUUUAAACACUUUCUUCUGCACUCUACAACAAAUGCGAAAAACACAGGGCCCUCUAAAGCACCGCGUCCUGUCUAAUUGGCCAUUGGGGGCCAGUUACUGUAUUGUCGCAGUGGAAAUGCAUAACACCUUUUGCAAUCAUCGACAUAAAGUAUCCACAAACUCCCCCUCUUAAAACAGUUAAAGUUAGUUUCCGUUUGUAGAAUUUGCUGUCGAGUCAUUGGCACCAGUGUGCCAAUGUCAAUGUAUGUAGUUGCACAAGAGCCAAUAGCAUUGUCCACUUGUACAUGGCACCUACAGCCAUAUCAGCCGUGAAUACGGAGCGCCAGGGAUCUGUGUGCAGUACAUGGCAGCGCACUCUACAUGUUAGUGUCGCGACAGAACAAACGACGAGUUACUCUCUUAAAGAAACUCGGAGUAGCCCCAUGGCUCUCUCUCUCUGCUGUUUCAUGCUUUGCAGUUUUGUAGAUUGCUAACUAAACUAACAACUCGAUUACUCACGAGGCCAUUCACACCCGGGGCCCCGCAGCGCUCCACAUACACAGCUCACCCCUUAACAGCCCUGAACAGGUGUAGCGGCAUAGAACUGAAAAGGAUAAAAGUGCAAAAAGAUACUCCACCUACGCGGGGGAUAUGCAGGUGAAAACAAAUCUGUUUUAAGAUGGGACCUAAAGAAUCAAGCCACUGAGAGUCCCGAAUUCUUCUGGGAACGAGCUCCACACAGAUUAAUUGCCACAUCGAACUUUUUGAGGUCAUUUUCGCGAUGGUUUUGUCCGGCAGCCUCUCUGUCUUCCUGGAGUCUGUCUUCAAGAGGCUUCACUCCUCGUCAACACUGCUCACCAGUUAUCAUUUCAAAUAUUCUCAGGCCCCCAGAGUAUAACUCGUAAUCUCCAACGAUCGGACAGUCACACUCUCCCCGCCCUCUCCCACUGAAGAAGGGCCAUUGUCUGAAACGUCAGGCUGCGAUAGCACAGUGUUAACGAUGAUUGUUGCGAGUGUUUUUGUGCUUGUGCGGCACAAGCAACGCGGUCUGUGGACCUGUUCGGUGGACGCGUGUUUGUCUCGAACACGGCGGCUACUUGUGGGAUAUUGCAAGUAGCAGCAGAUUCUCAACAAAAUAUGUCACUCGAAGCCACUUAAAUGUGUAGUGCAUGGCCCAGAAAUUAUUAUUAAAUCGAUUUCACAGAUUUAAAGUUACCAUUUGGCACCGUGAUAUUAACACUGCCUCGCAGUAUACGAUAUGCAGUAUUGGUACUUUGGUUUUUAACCAAGUGGAAUGUGUGAUAUUUGUAAUAUGGCGUGUAUAAGACGUACUGUUUAGUUUAAACUCCACAUAACCAUUUCAAAAGGCAAGGUCUGUUGGCAAUGUGAGAUGAGGUGGACAGUUGUGGCAGCCAGGUCGGCCUUACAACGCCAGGCCCAAUCGGCCGUCACCCUGCCCCGCUGCUCUUACAUCCACAAUGCAUCACCACCAACCCAAUAUUUAUCAUUCUUCGAGAUGCAAUUUAGCCAAAUUAAGUGUAGAAGCAACUUUAAUGUGAGCCUUUUGUUUCUGCAGUGAUUGGUGACUAGGGACAUUAAUGCAUGACAUUUGACGUCCCAGUUUAAUCAGAGGCGGCUGCCCACAUUUGAACUUAAAAUCUCAGCUCCAUCGCUUCUGCAAAUCUUCUCUCACCCACAGCAUGCCCAGCCGUGGACGAGCAGGCGCUCCACUCACCGUUAGCUCUUAGACUGCACACACACACAGUGGUGACUGAGAUGAUAAAACAACAAUCAUUGUAAUAGCCAGCAGGUGAGUGGGUCCGGGCAGGGCGCAUGGUGGGUGAGA